AUGGCUGUUAUGCUUGCCGUUGAAUGUGCUAGAAGAAGACGGUUUCAUCAGAGCGGUGCUUUUUCUGAUUCACCUACUACGUCUGCAGCCCAUGCCCCCACAAGGCUGUCAUCUUUUUGUUUGUACACAACCAACCGUGAAGUCCAUAUCAGCUCAUUUUCUUCCGUGGCAAGAGAGAUUAAAGGGUGGGGAGGGCAGGUCUAUGGUAUUAGGGGAUUUGAAAAUAGAGGUGUUUGGAGUGAAAAAGAGAGGAUUGAAGAGGUUCAGUUGGGCAAAGUUUGGGCAGAAAAAGAAGGCCUUGGACCAAGAGGAGUGCGCCGUGUGCUUGGAGCAGUUCAACGUGGGCGAGACCCUGGUGCGUUUGCCCUGCUCCCAUCUGUUCCAUUCAAGAUGUUUGGUGCCAUGGCUAGAGAACAAUGCCCACUGCCCUUGUUGCAGAAUGGAGAUUUUGGAUUUAAAAAGUUGAAUGAUUUUCUUUGUUUUUCUUCACUUUGUAGAUGCCCUACGAUCCGAAUGUACUUACUUGAAAAAAAGGGUUAA